AUGUCUUCCUUUGAGUUUAUUAUUGUCGGAAGUGGCCCGGCUGGCAGUGCACUCGCCGCCAAACUUGCCAACUCGGCCGCAAAGCCACGAGUCCUGCUUCUGGAAGCAGGUGAGAACAAGGAAGAUCGUAAUCUUCGCGUGGACGGAGAGCGAUGGAUUACUUUCCAAAACCAGUCCAUGAACUGGGGCUACAAGACCUCCCCGCAGAAAGAUUGCAAUAACCGCGAGAUUGACUACAGUCGCGGCCAGUGCAUGGGCGGAUCGAGCGCCAUCAACUUUGGUGUGUACAGUGUUGGCGCGCGUGACGAUUAUCAGGAGUGGGCGCGCAUCGUCGGUGAUGAUUAUUACGGGUGGCAGAGUAUCCAGAGGAGAUUGAAGGAUCUGGAAACCUUUCACGGAGAGACCCCGGAGGGUAUGGACAAGAAAUACGCCAAUCCAAAGCCAGAGGAUCAUGGUAGCAAAGGCCCUUUGCACGUAGGCUUUGCACGCGAGUGGGAAAGAGACUUGCCCGAGCUGUUGGAUGUUUUCGAGCAGGCUGGAUUUCCCUUGAACCCCGACCAUAACUCGGGUAACCCCAUCGGAAUAUCGGUGUCGAUUAACUCAGCCUAUCAAGGGCUGUGCUCAACGGCAGGGGAUCUGAUUGUUGGCGGAGAGAAGAAUAAUCUGACGAUCGCUACGGAUUCGCCGGUGCAGCGUGUUCUCCUGGAAGGAAACAAGGCUGUCGGCGUGGAAGCGAACGAAAAGAAAUGUGAGUCCAACCCAUUUGGCCCCACCCUCACACCUAUGAUCGCUAAUAUGACUGCAUCCAUAGAAUUUGCUACAAAGGAGGUUAUUCUAUCCGCCGGUUCACUCAAUGACCCUCGCAUCUUGAUGCAUUCGGGAAUCGGCCCCGCCGCCCAACUGAAACAAUACAACAUCGACGUCGUUCACGAUGCCCCCGCCGUCGGCCAAGGACUUCGCGACCAUUGCUUCGUCCCGAUGGUGAACACUCGCACCGAUAACAGUACGGACCGAAAGGCCUUCUAUGGUUCCCAGGCCGCCAUGGAUGCCGCUAAAAAGGAAUGGGAAGAACAUGGAAGCGGCCCCUGGGCAAAGUUUGCUUGUGAAUUGGGUAUUGGCUGGUUCAAGCUUACCGAACAGCUCACUUCCACGCCAGAAUUUAAGGCUCUCCCGGAAGACGAACAGCGAUAUCUCCUUCAGGAGACCGUGCCACACUACGAGAUUAUCACCCAUUUCCCUAUUCACUGGUUCAUCCCGGACUUCCCAGCCGAGGCCUUGAAUUACUCUUGCUUGUUGGUUUUCUUGUUCAAUGCACAGACCCGUGGAGAAGUCACUCUGCAAUCGUCGGACCCCGAUGCUCCGCUUCUUUUCAAUCCCAAGUUCCUUGCCCACCCCUUCGACCGUCGGCUUGCAAUUGAGGCUCUGCGAGACUCUUUCCGCGUUGCCAAACAUGAAUCUUAUACAAAGGACAAUGUGGCCGAGCUAGCUAUGCCCAAAAGCGAAUCGGAUGAGGACCUGCUCGAAUAUUGGCGCCAGAAUAUCUUGUCAAGUUGGCAUAUGACAGGAACAGUCAAAAUGGGCAAAAAGGGCGACGUUGACGCAGUCGUCGAUCCUGAUUUCAAGGUAAUGGGCAUUGAGAAUCUGCGGAUUGCUGAUAUGGGUGUUGUGCCGGUGUUGGUCAAUGCCCAUGUCCAGGCAGUGGCCUAUGUCACUGGUGCAACUUGCGCUGGAAAGUUGAUCAAGGAAUACAACCUGGCUUAG